AACUAAAAACCGUAGAUAAAUAAAGGAAAAUACCUCCCAUUAAACAUUUGUAAAAAAAGGUUUUUUGGGGAUUAUUAACUAACUAACAUAAUGGCGCGCCUUCACGUAGCUCUCCUUCUUCUCUUCAUUGCCGUCUCCACCGCCAUCGUAUCAGCUACCGAUAAACCGUCGGUAACCACUGCUGGACCUCCAACCUCAACAACUCCGACCAGUGGAGAUGUCGAGGCAGCAGAGGCUCCAGGAGACGACAACGCCAUCGGAACAACCGACGAUGAUGCACCUGGUACUCCCGGAGAUGAUGAUGUGGCAGUCGCCGGACCUAUCGGAAGCGAAACUUCGUACGCAAACUAUCCGCCGCCUCAGCAAACUUCCGGCAGUGGCGUCACCGCUAUGAUUGGAUUCGUUUCUGUCGCUGCUACGACGGUUGGAUCGUUCUUCUUUUUCUGAGGUGUAUCAUGUAUAAGCAUUUUGCUUGUCCCUUCAUGUAUAACAUUGGGACGGUACAUAUCAUUACAACAUUAAAACUUCGUGUAUGUGAUUCUCAUAUAUAUGGUUUAUUGUGUAUAAUACCCUUUACGUGUAACCUAACGACAAUAGUUACCUUUCAAGUAGGUAAACACUAAAUACUAAACAGGUAAAGAGACGAUGAGAAAUAAUGAAAGAAACAAAAAAUUAAAACUUUGCUUCGUAUAUUUUAGUUACAUGCCAUUUUGCCAAAAACAAAAAUUCAUAUGAAAAACGUCGUUUCUCUACUUCCAGAAAGCUUGAUGCUAUGUUACCACUUCUUCAAGAUCAUAAAGCUACUGAUUUGGUGAAACUGAGUUAUCUUUUUAAAAAAAAUUAUAUUUAUUUGACCCGAUAAGUCAAGGGUUCAGAACCGAUUAACAAACCGAUUUAAACAAAAAAUUUCAAAUCAAUUUAUUACAUCAUAGUUUCGCCCACCCACUAAAGUGACGCGUUGGAAUAGGUUGUUCUCAAUCAUCGACAAAUAUCACAGAAAAGUGAGGUUCUUCUCGUUGCCGAAACUUUUCAUGGCUUCUCCGGAGUAAUAACUAGCUUCCGAUGAAUUCCCCGGAAACUGAGUUAUCUUCUUUUUCAAAUCUAUUAUGAUUUGCCUAACCAGUUUGAUGGAUAUUUUGGUUUUGUGGGCCGGGGGACGGGGCGUUGUUCCGAUUUGGUUAUCAAUUUCAGUUUGGAUAAUAUGAUUGGUUUUGUAAAACUAUGGAGGUGAUUGGUAGUUGCUGUAGGUGCUGUACACAUCUCUAUUUAUUUUUACAGCACUAAAUUUAGAGCAAUCAAACUUUAAUUUUUUUU